CGCCCAGUUUCGUAUCAGCCUCAGUCAGCUGGCGGGAGUCCGAGUGUCGGCAUGGGCAGGGGUCCCGUACCAAAGUUCCAGAGUAUCAAAUGCAUCAGCGAGCUACAACCUAGGAUCAACAAGCAGCCAGCUUUCCGACGAGCAAACCCAGAGGGAGGGUUUAUCAGUGUAUGCUUCCCCGCAGCGCUCACCUUUAUCGCUAUAUCGACGCUAAUGCUAAUCUCUUUAUCUUAUCUUUCACACUAGCCUCUACAAGCCCUCACAAACACAUCUACCCGCAACGUAUCGAAUCUGCAACCCGACCUUCAAAUACGAAUCAUCUAGGAACCCUCGACGUGUGCUGACGAAGCCGAGCAAAGGUGUCAAGAACGAUGGCUACGAUAACGAUGAUAGCGACUAUAUUCUCUACGUCAACGAUAUUCUCGGCAGCGAGGAAGCAAACCACAAGAACCGCUACCUUAUCCUCGACGUCCUCGGCCAAGGAACUUUUGGACAAGUAGUCAAGUGUCAAAAUCUAAAGACGCAGGAAGUCAUUGCCGUGAAAGUCAUCAAGAAUAGGACUGCAUACUUCAACCAGAGUAUGAUGGAAGUUUCAGUCUUGGAUUUGGUAUGUCGAUGCGAACGUUACCGGACUAGACUUGCAGCUAACAGUUAGCAGAUUAGCAGCAAACUUGACAAGAACGAUGACCACCAUCUACUUCGACUAAAGGACACCUUCAUCCAUCGCCAACAUCUGUGCUUAGUGUUUGAGUUACUCAGCGUUAAUCUUUACGAGUUGAUCAAGCAGAAUCAGUUCCGUGGAUUGAGUACCACACUCGUGAGAGUGUUCGCUCAGCAGCUGCUUAAUGGGCUCGCACUCUUGAACAAAGCCAGACUGAUACAUUGCGAUCUAAAGCCGGAGAACAUCUUGCUAAAGAAGUACGUUGCCGCUUUCCUUGCCUUUAACAAUUGGUGACUAACAUAUUAAAAAAAGCCUCGAGAGCCCCAUAAUCAAGAUUAUCGACUUCGGGUCUGCGUGUGACGAACGACAAACUGUCUAUACCUAUAUCCAAUCUAGAUUUUACCGCUCACCCGAAGUUCUCUUAGGAUUGCCAUACUCCUCGGCAAUUGAUAUGUGGUCCCUCGGAUGCAUUGUUGUUGAGCUCUUCCUCGGCCUUCCACUCUUCCCUGGAUCAUCGGAGUACAACCAAAUAGCUAGAAUAACGGAAAUGCUAGGCUUGCCUCCAGUAUGGAUGCUUGAGAACGGGAAGCAGGCUGGUGAAUUCUUUGAGAAGACACAAGAUGAGUUUGGUCGACAGAGUUUUAGAUUGAAGAGCAUGGAACAAUAUUCUCGCGAGCAUAACACCAAGGAACAGCCAAGCAAGAAGUACUUCCAGGCUACUACACUGCCAGAAAUCAUCAGGUCAUACGCAAUGCCGCGGAAGAACAUGAAGCAGGCCGAAAUUGACAGAGAAAUGAAUAACCGCGUGGCAUUCAUUGAUUUUGUUCGCGGCCUCCUAUCCAUCAAUCCUCUUGAAAGAUGGUCUCCGCAGCAAGCAAAACUCCACCCCUUCAUCACGCAGCAAAAGUUCACCCAACCAUUCGUCCCUCCGGUCCACCUUAAAUCCUCUGUCAUUAACAAAUCUGUUGCUCCCGGAGUUCAACAGCAGCAACAAGCAGAAGCAGCAUCCAAGCAACGCGCCCAAGCUGCACAAGCACAAGCAGCUCAAGCCCAGGCAAACUCUGCCGCUGCUGCUGCUGCUCAAUCUGCUUAUGCUCUUCAAAUGAACCAAUUCAACGCACCACACAAUCAACCUCCACCAGUCUACAACAACAUGUAUAAUUCCCAGCAACAGCAGCAACACCCGGCUCCGCCUCCACAGCAACAGCCUCAGCAGCAACAGGGCCCACCACCACCCUAUCCUACCCAACAAGGUUAUCAAAUGCCCAUCAUGCAGUCUGGCCAUAUGUCUAUGCCACCGCAGCAAACACAAUAUGGCUCCUCUCAGAACCUAUACGCGCAAGCAACUACGCGCGCGGGUCGACAACGGGCUACGACAAUGGAUCAACAGCAGAGUGGUAUUCCACCGUCUAUACAACGGGUAGCUAGCCACUUGGACCCCAACUCACCCAUUCGACUCCAGCCUAGCCCGGCGUACUACCCGCCUCCAGCAGACGGGUACCCAGAUGCUUCCGGUCCAGGUCAAAGACGAACCAGCCGGGCAAGAAACAACGGUUCACACGGCCGAAAUAGAGACUUCAUCCGCAGUCUCGAAGAUGGUGCACUGGGAGAUGGCUUCAUGAACCAGAACCAGAACCAGUGGCACUGAUUGAACGUUUCAAUUGAAAAUUUUUUCAGCUACCAUUUCACGUUUAUUUUAUUCCAACUGUACCAAUUGGGGAUACAACUCACCUCAACUGGCCGUACAGCCCCAAACAAACAACCACCCUAAAAAGCCAAUAACCCAAUCGGGCUCUGCAAAGGGUUAACUAUCCCUGGACCUUGAAAUCCGGGUUUGGCUCACUUAUGUACAUUUACCCAACAUCCCGCCCCCUGCCUCUCCACUCCACUCAUCAAACAUUAUAUACUCUUCGCAAGGCAUCUACAAUAGACGUGCACAUAGCCAAUGGCCUUGCGCGCGUCAAACAGAACACACUUAUAUCACGCGAUGGAACGCCCGCACAACUUGGAUCUUAGGGUAUUGGGAUAAACAAGUUGAAUUAAAUCGAACUUGGUUGACGAUGGAUGAGGCAAUUAGCUUCGGCGAAUGAGAGAAAGGACGAAAACAGAAUUGUCACUGAUGAUGAAUAUAAGGGAAUGCUAUGCUCUGUGUAUGUUGGUUAGGUAUUGGUGGAUGAAAAUGAUACCUCUCCUGAAACGAAUGAGACAAGAGGGGUAAAAAAGGAGGAGAUAUGAAUGGCCCCUGUUUUCUUCUUUUCUUUCCAUUUCGUUACCUUUAUAUAUUCCGUUCUAUUAUUCCCCUUUUUAUCAACAUUUAUAUCUCUUGACCUUCAAGUGGUCGUCUUUUUUUCUCUCUAUUUU